AUAGUUUGGAACGAAAUGUCUCCUUAAAUUAAAGUUAAGUUUCCGCCUCGAAGCCUAGUAAUCAUCGAAUUCCGGAAGCUUAUCUGCUUUAUUGUUCACUGCUGGAAACCGUCUCGCAGUUAUUCCCACACUUCCUCUCUCGGUGCGCCUUUUUGCUUACAAACAAUGGCCGCUGUUUCGAAUUCGUUGAUUUUGAUGAGCAAUCCGGUUACCCAGUUACCUGGAUCUUCCCUGAAGCCAUUGGACCAAUUUCUUGGAAAUGCAGCCCCCACCAACCGGUUGCUUAGUACCAAUCGCAUGGGGAAAAUGCAACUGAGUAUGUCUAGAAGGCCACUCAUAGUUCAAGCUGGGUAUAGUGAUCGUGGAGGGCCAAGUAGUGCAAGCAUCUUUGCAGGUGGCUUUGUAUUGGGAGGACUAAUAGUUGGCGCACUCAGUUGUGUAUAUGCACCUCAGAUCAGCAAAACUCUGGCUGGAGCUGACCGAAAGGAUUUAAUGAGGAAACUGCCCAAAUUCAUAUACGACGAAGAAAAGGCUUUGGAGAAAACACGGAAAGUACUGGCUGAGAAGAUUGCACAGCUGAACUCUGCCAUAGACGAUGUGUCUACUCAGCUCCGAUCAGAAGAAACCCCAAAUGGUGUGGAUGCGAUUCCUGAUGAAGUUGAGGCUGCCAUAUAAUUUCUCUUGAUUACAUUAUGGUAUAAAUGGCCUUCGCUACCUGUAUACUUUGAGACUUAAUAAAUUAUUGUUGAAUUUCUUGUAA